AUGAGCAACGCAUUAAACACCGCCCACUGGGGUAUCUUUAUGGAAGAUAGUUCCGGCGGUUUCUUAACCGACAUCACCUUCAUUAGCGGUAAAUUCGGUGCUCAAUUCGAAAGCCAGCAGUUUCCCAUGCGCAACCUCACUUUCCACAACGCUCAGACAGCCAUUCGCCAGGGCUUCGACUGGGGCUGGACAUACGCCGGCAUCACCAUCAACAACUGCUUCGUCGGCCUUGACAUGAGCGCUGUCGACGGCAACGAAGCUCUGAGCGUCGUCGGCAUCACCAUGAUUGAUUUCAGCAUUUCCGACACCGACAUCUUCAUCAAGACGGCCAAGACGGCCACGUCCAGGCCCGUGGGAGCAGGAAACCUGAACGUCGAAAACAUUCAGCUUUCAAAAAAGUUUUAA